AUGCCCUUUUGCAUACCAGGAAGCCCAAUCAGCAGCGCCUCCAAGCUCCCAGACUCUGAGGCCAUCUGCGCCAAGUCCGGGCCCAUGGCCUCCCUGAGAACCGCUUCACCACCGACCCUGCCUCAGGACCCGCCGGCCACUGCAGCACGUGCAGUGCAUCGAGGGACUGGGCCCAACGAAUGGGCGCUAAAAUCUAGUCGCGGCCGCGUCUACUGCACUGUUCGCGACCGGACGGGGUCGGCUCAGCUGGCAUGCCUCACUCCUGCGCCCAGAAUGCAAUGCGCGGUUCCUCAGGUGCUGGCGGCGGAGAUGGGUGUGGGCAAGAUUGAGAUGGUGGAGGGAGUCCUACAAUUCAAGCAUCAUGCGGCCCCAAUACACCCCUUCCAUGGGUCCGGGGACGUAUACGUUCGGAUGAAGGUACACGUGUAA